ACUGACGCCAUAACCUCGCGAACGCGCAAGAGCAGCAAUGGCCGCUUUGGAUCGGCGAAAUCCUAAUCUCGACGAUUUUGUCGGAUUAAACUGGAGUUGUUGGGUAGAAAGAGUGAAUAUUUUACCAUCUGACGCUGGGUCUCAUGUUGACGACAGCAGCAAGCAUGUGAGAAAGCACCCUGAGACCAUGACCCUCAAGAAAGAAGAUAUGCACACAUUUGGCCAUUACCCAGCACACGAUGAGAUCUACCUGGUGGUGUGCAGCCACUGUGGCCAGCUGGUGAAGCCUCAAGCCUUUGAGAAGCACUGUGAGAGGCGGCACGGUCCUCUCACUAAGACGUGUGGACAGUCUCCUUCUUUGGCUCCACAGCAGCGACUUCGCCCUGCACGCCCUCUUGUGAAUCAUUCCUCGUCUAGAGAGAGGCGGAAAGAUGGCAGAUGUCAUGAAGCCGGUGCCCCGUCCUCCGCAGCAUCACCGGUACACCAGCACAGGCCUAGCAAGGCCCAGCAGGAGGCAGUGAGUGUUCGUUCAGUGGAGAAAUUCCCUCAGGAGAAGUCUCCCCUCCCACACCACUCGUCCUCCUCCACGCUUCGCCCCAGGGUCCCUCCAUGGCACUCAGGACCCCUUCCCCCUGGCCACUGUUCCUCCUCCACUUCUCCGUCAGAGUUACCCACAGUGCAGAAGCCCACAGCCGGGCAGUCCAGUGAGUCUCAGAGCCCUCUGCGGGGAGCGAGAACCUACAGCCGGACUCACAAAAACAUCAAUAAGAAAGAAUGUGACCUGAACAAACAGUGUGGGGUUCUGAAUCCAGAGAGGAAGAAGCUGUGCAGCCAGGAGCUUAUAUGCAAUACGGAUUCUGUCCACCAGCAGCAGAAAGCUUUGGGAAGGACUAAGACCUCUGAUCAAUUGACAGAGGAGCAGAAAACAGCCUCUGCAGGUCGAGAUAUGGAGCAGCUUCCUGUCAAAUCAAAAGACAAAGAGCAACAUCAUCAACAACAAGAGAAAAUAACACUGCAGAGUAGUACAACUUUUAACAGCAACUGUCAUAUUCUCAGCAGGUCAGAAAGCAUUCCAGAGGAGGAAGGUGGCAGCGCUGUGGAAGUGGAGGCGCAGCCUCAAAUUCCCUUCAACAGGAGCCUGUUUCCAGGCGAGGAGAGUGAAGACAACGAGCAGGAGGAAGCCUUAGACCUGCCUGCCACACCCUGGCACCCCAAACCUCUCGGGCUAUGCACUUUUGGAUGCCGCACAUUGGGCUGCAGCAUCUUCACCUUCAACCGGCGUUGGCACCACCUGCGGGUUGCCCUCAGUGCCAUGUUGGAGCACCAUGUCAGCACACACUUGUUGAAGAAAAUGCCUCAAGUAUCGUCAGGUCUAAGGUCCUGUAAUGUCACACCUCCAACUGUAGGAUCACCUGUCAGGACUGCUAGACCUACCAAAUCCACCAUCUCCCUCAGCCUUGAGUCUACCUCACUGGGACCACUGGAAACCAAAACCAGUCAGCACAACUCUCACAGUGUCAAACCGCCGUCUUCCACCACAUCUGCGAGACUUGUGCAGGAUUCAAGUGCAGCACAGAAAGCUGCUCACAGCGGUGAGGACAAAUCUUCCAAAUACAUCAGGGAUCCCCUCCUCAACGAGAAGGGCCAGCCACACGUCCCCUCCAAUCCAGGAACGGUAAAUGGCACAUUCUCACACAAAAAGAAGCCAUGCCCUCCUCUCCACCCCUCCCCCCGCAGCAGAAGGAGGCCCCCAGGAAUUCAGGAGAAGGUGGUGGGCUACGACCACAGAGGUCCUGCCCAAAAGCGCAAAGGCAGCAAUGAGCCUCAGCCCCUCAGCUCCUCACUAUCCAGAACCAAGUGUCAACGCUUGUCCUCCCCUUCCCAGAGAGGAGAGAGAAUGGAAAGAAUAACGGGCACGCGCAUGCUUUGGGCCUGGAGAAAAGAUCCAACUCCCGAAGACCAAUAAAGAGGCCAGCCUUAAAAACACACUUGGAGAAGAAGUCCGCUGCAGCUGCUGCCUGCAUGGUAUGUGUGUGUCUGUACAUUUCUGUCCACAAAUGUUUAGGUCUUCACGUUGUUAUGCACAGACAUCAGGAAUAAAUAUUUGUCUGCAUGUUACAUGUUACCAUAUGUAUGUAUUUUUGCAAACAGUCUAUUUUUCUACGUGACUAAAUGUCUCAGUUUGUUACUUGUGUAAGAAUGUAAAAAUACCUCAAUCUACUCGUCAUGCUGCUAAAAUGAAAAGUGAUAUCAUGGCAAAACAAUUACAAAUUCUUUGAUCCUUAUCUCCCCGUGUCUUCUGUUUUAUACUGCGGUUCUGUACCAAUACAGUAUUAAAAUGGUCAAAAUGCAA